GAAAAACCAGAAACCGUCACACAAAAUUUCGAAAUCCCUAAUUAAAUCUCUCUUCUCUCUUCUCUCUCUAUACUCUUGAGAAAUGGCUCUUCGUACAGUGCUCGUCUCCGACGUCCCUAGCCUCCCGGAGUCUGUUUACAGAUUAUCCGAAGGUUUAGAUUUGAGCAAACCGAAAUCGUUUAGGAUGCCUGGAUUUUCUGUGAUUGGACACAGAGGAAACGGCAUGAAUGUGUUGCAAUCUUCUGAUCGGAGAACGAGAGGGUUUAAGGAAAACUCCAUUCUCUCGUUCAAUUCCGCCGCCAAAUUCCCGAUCGAUUUCAUUGAGUUCGAUGUUCAGGUGACAAAAGAUGAUUGUCCUGUCAUUUUCCACGAUGACUUCAUCUACUCUGAAGAAAAUGGUAUUGUAAAUGAGACCAGAGUGACGGACUUGAGUCUAUCUGAGUUCCUUCUCUAUGGACCUCAGAAGGAAGCUGAGAAAAUAGGGAAGACUCUGAUGAGGAAAACCAAAGAAGGUACGGUUCUGAAAUGGGACGUUGACUUGGAUGAUUCCCUUUGCACGCUACAAGAAGCUUUCGAACUAGUUGAGCAAUCUUUGGGGUUCAAUAUCGAGUUGAAAUUCGAUGAUCAUAUAGUCUAUGAACGAGAGUCUCUCGUCCAUGCCCUGAGAUCAGUUCUGCAGGUGGUAUUUGAUUGCGCUAAAGACAGACCAGUAAUCUUCUCAAGUUUCCAACCAGAUGCAGCACAGCUUCUUAGAGAGCUGCAAAGUACUUACCCUGUUUUUUUUCUGACUGAUGCGGGGAACCAAAUCUACAAUGACGAGAGAAGAAACUCACUCGAAGAAGCCAUUAAAGUUUGCUUGGAAGGAAAGCUUCAAGGCAUUGUUUCAGAGGUCAAAGGAGUGUUCAGAAACCCAGCAGCCAUUAGCAAGAUCAAAGAAUCUAACCUCUCUCUCCUCACAUACGGCAAACUCAACAAUGUGGGAGAGGCAGUGUACAUGCAAUAUGUGAUGGGGAUUGAAGGAGUGAUUGUAGAUUUUGUUGAGGAGAUCACAGAGUCAGCGACACUCAUGAUGAUUAGACCACCAUCACCAUCACCAUCACCAUCACCAUCAUCACCUUCCCAGGAUGAUGUUGCCAUUACAAAACCUGAGUUCUCACAAAAGGAGAUUGAUUUUCUUCUCAAGCUUCUCUCUCAAAUGAUACAACAUUGACGAUCAUCAUCUCUGUUUCCUAUUCUUUUCUUUUAUCAUAUAUUUUUUUCUUUCGGGUUUAAUUUAGAGUUGUAAUUUUUAUUUUUCUUCUUACCUUUCUUAUUCUUAUGGGUGUUUUGUCCCAAUAGUUAAACUGUAAAUAAAUCUUUAAUUUUCUUACAUUUUACAUAGAUCAAUAUAUGCCAGA